GGCACUAGACGGAGCCAUUUAUUCGUUGUUUUAACUUUCUUCAAGUAUAAAGAAGGGUGAUGUAAUCAUUGUGCGACAACAAUCUCUUGUAAACUGAUGGUGGCAGAGUAAAAUAGUUUAUUAAAUAUUUUAGAGGCAAUCUAGAGUUUUCUUUUAAAACACCAGAGCAGGAAUAAUCGUUGACUUUGAUCUCCACACAGUAUUGUACAAGAAGAGCACGUCCUCUUUUUAACUUAAGUUCUUUCGAAACCAAAUGACUCCAGCAUACGCUAAAUAAUAUUUAAUCACAACGCGUGCAAUUGAAAUGACAGGUAAAAAGUCAGCAAAAGAGAAAAAAAGAAAACAUUCACAUUCUGAAGGACGCCGUUUGGAAAGAAAAAGACGAAUUACAGAACCUAGUAUCGAGGAUUUAAAAGGUAACUCGGAGGAUCAGGAUGAACAAAGUGACAUAGAAGAAGGAGGACUAAAUCUCAAUGUUCCAUUCAAGCCCAUCAGUGCCUAUGUCACAGACAAACAGGAGCUGCUGGAACAGUGCUUCCGGGUCAUCGGGGAAAAGAAGCUUAUGAAAAUGCUUCCUGACGAGUUGAAGAGCUGCACCUGUGAUGAAAUCAAGCAGCUCUGUAUGGAGCAACUACAACAGCUUUCUCAGAAGAACCUUCUCCACAUUCUUGAAGGUGACGAUUUCACAGGAUUCUCCGAUAUCGAAGAAGAGAGGGAGAAGAAUGAAAGGAAUGCAGAAAUGGAAAGCCAGCUUGGCUCAGCGAGGCAUGCUGCAGAGGUUAAUCAACCCCAAUCUGCUGCUGCUUCUGCUCCAGAGGUCUGCCUGGCUUACACAGAAAAAAGCAAGCAGGACAAUAAUGUGGAUUCUACUUCAUCUCUGAAAGAAAAUGUUGAACAGGAAGACCUCAAGCAAGGUGGUGCCUCGGGGGAAGAGAGUGACGCCCUCAGCAUCAAUGCAGACGCGUAUGACAGCGACAUAGAAGGCCAUAAGGAAGAAACUGAAGAGAAGAAAACUGUGGAGGUUGUUGAAAGCCCAGUCGUGAAUCCCCCCAGUUCCAAGAAGGAGCUUCAGAGUGACAUUGAAAAGAGUGUAAAUGAGAUACUGGCUUUGGGUGGACCUAGCCCGGAGGAGCCCAAAGUAGCAGCGGUGGCUGCUGCAGCUACAGAGGUGGUGGUGGUGGGAGCAGCUUUGUCUGGCCCUGCCUCAGAGGGGGUGCAGCCUUCAGCCCAGCAGCUGGAGCUACUUGAGUUAGAGAUGAGGGCCAGGGCUAUCAAGGCUCUAAUGAAAGCUAAUGAGGUUAAGAAACAGGCCUGUGGUUAAGAUUCCAGAUGGAAAGACUUCACAUCAAACAUAGUUUUUCUAUAGUCUUGGAGAUUACUGUGUACAACCAUUUGGAUGUUUGAUUUUUUAUAGAGUCAUAUCUUUAUUUUGUUAAGGAAAUAAUUGGAAUGAAGCCUAAAUGUGUUUUUUUUUCUUUUUUUUCUGUUGUUUUUUUCACAUCCCUUUUGAGUUGUGAUAUCAAGGUAGAAAUGUACAGAAAUCAGACUGAAAAGCAGUUACCCAUGGAAAGAAGACUGUCUUUCAAUAUUUAAUCUCUUAUUUGUAUUUUUUAUUAUUAUUUUGAAAUAGCUUUAGCAUUUCUAUUUGUAACACAACUUCAAAGUGUUUCAAAACACUGCGCAGUGUUCACACACACACACACACACACACAAAAAUACCUUUGCAGUAACCAGUGUGGCAGUGAUAUACGGUAAUAUCCAACAAAAACAACUGAUUUUGAUAUGUUUAUACAAAUGGAUCAUAAAUAAGAUGGAAAUACAUUUCUCAACUUUUACUCCAGUGUAGAGAAAAUCCAGAUCAUGCCCUUUCUGCAAUAAUGCUGGUGCAAAUACAUGGCUAUAGGAACAGAAAACAAGCAGGAGGGAGCCUGAUCUGAUACACUAUUAUACUCAUAAGACAAACAUCAUAGGUCAUAAUCAGCUUGAAUUACUUUUCCAAAUUUUCUUUCCUGCAGAAAAUCUGGAAAAGUAAUUCAAGCUGAUUAUGACCUAUGAUGUGUGAAAAAGAAUAUGAAAACAAUGUUGUUUUUUUUAUUGAAGAAUGUAUUGCUGUGAUAUGGACUAAACAGGAUAAAGCAAAGUUACAGUAAGGUGUUUCUUGGUAGGGUGUUCUGUAACUUAUUUAUUGUAAGUUGUAUCUCAACAUGUUUAUGGUAAUGGUGCAUCAGUACUGUAACAUACAAACUGACACAAAACAAAUAUGUUAGCAUUUUGUGAAUAUAUCAUUUACAUGUGUGAUAGUUAUGAAAAUCUUACGAACAUUAAAGGAAUGUGGGCUAUUUGCAUUGACUGUUUGAGAUAAACCUCUAUUUUGUUUGUUUUGUUUGUGGCCUAAACAUUUAAUAAAAGUAUGUAAAUAUUGUCAAUAAAAAUUA